GAUGUAUGCGCUCGACAUUGUCGUCAGUCUCCGAGCUCAUCCACCCUCGGUUUUCAAGCCAGCCACCACUUCAUCAUACUACAUAUAUUGACCAGCUUCAACUCCAAGCCGAACACCAGCUCGAGAGCGUUCCAUGACUUCAAUAUCGGCACGGUAAAGAGGAAAAAACACACACCUUGCUCGAAUGGCACCCAAAUCUUCUUCAGCUUCGGCAGCCACUCGAAAGAAACAUGCCAAGAAGUCCCAACAGCAGCCAACCAAUCAACCGGAUCCCAACUCAGGACCACCUACCAGCGGACCAAGGCAGAAGAAGGAUAAGAAGGCUCCCAAGGUCAAGCGUUUUAUUCCACCACCAACUUAUACGGGUGAAAUCGAUCCGGUGGAUAUCUUCAAGAUCGGCUUGGAUGGCAGUCCAGUCCAACCUGAACGGGCAGUAAUCCUACGCAAGGUCGGAAAGAAAGACCCAGUGACGAUCGAGAGAGGACUUGAUGAAUGGAUCACUUGGAUCGAUUCCACCUUCAAUCCCACCUCGACCGAUCUUAAUAGUCAGCAAGUCAACCAACCACCUCAGCCUGUCGAGCUCAUCGCCACCGUGCCCGUCUUGAUUCAUCAUUUCCCUCGGCUGGUCGUACACCCAUCUCGUCGAGUUCGAGUCCUCGUCUUAAGCCUACUGGAUACCUUCAUCGGUUUUCAACACGAUCAAGAUCACCCCUGUAGGUCGAUAUUAUUGAAUCCAGUCGAAUUAGAAAAACCCGAGUACAUCGGCAGUUGGAUCAUCAGCUUAUGGGACCCCGAUAAGACAGCUCGGGCCAUUGCUACUAAGAUUUGGAAGGAAAUCGUCGACUUGACCGUUGGUGAAUCGACUCAAGUCCAAGGCAAAUUCAAGUUGUGCGAGUAUGACUCCGAAAUCCUUCAUCAUCUGAUCAAUUACAUCCAACAUUCCUCGGACGGGGUAGAUUCACCAGAACCUGGGACCUCUCAAUCCAUCCCUCGUAAGGUCGCCAUCCUAUCCGAAUCCUCAGAAUCCACAUCUUGUCGUCUCAGGGCAUCGGCAUUUGAGGCAUUAGCCCAUUUACUCCAAAUCCAUCCAAUUCCUGAAAAAAUCUUUGAUCACAUCACUAACUCAUCAAUUGCUCAACAUCAAACGUGGGAGCUCAUCAACUCAAACAAGAAUCAAGAACCCUUGGUUCGAAGAGCUAUCUGGGUAUUGAUUCAAACUCUGACUGCCCGUGAAGUCUGUCGGCCUUUACUCGACGCCCUCCUGCCUGUUUUCUCGUUUGCGGCCUUGGAUGCCGCCUUCACGGAAAGAGAUUUUAGCGUACAGGGUACAAUGAUCAUUGGAUUGGUGGGACUUCUUAAAAUUUAUCCUACGCUGUGGUGGGCGCCAAACCAGUCGACCUCAAACCAAUCUAUACCCGCGAGUGAAGACAAGCAUCCCACUUCUUCAGUUGUAAACGAAUCCUCGUCCGAUCGACCGUCAAUCUUAGAUAGGUUUUACACCUUCCUAGAGAUUGGCUGUCCAAGCAAUCCCACUCUUCUUUAUCCUGCCUUGAUCUUGAUCUUGGUCUCAUUCCCGGUCACAAUCGAACAUACUGAACAAUUCUUCGCUCACUUUUGGGCGGCUUUCGAAUCACGAGCUCUUCGAUCGAGUGGUGCCCGAGGUCUCAAUGAGUUCUAUAGCGCGUGGGGUGAAUGUCUAUUACUCUUCGGGAAAUCGCUCGGGGAUCAAGCGGAUUCGGUUGUCCAAAAUCAACUUACCAAAACUUGGACACAACUGAUUGAUUCCGAUGAUCAAACUGAAGCUGGAUUCAAUGCUUUGAGCUCGGUCAUUAUCAAGAUUGCGCACAAGUCAAGCUUUGCAUCAAACUACGUCUGGUCAAUUAUUGGGGCAGCAGUACAAGCCGAACCUCAAGAGAAAAAAGUUUUACGAUAUCUGGCGUUUUUUUCCAAAGCACGCAUCUCUCAUCCGCACGAAUCACAGGGAACGAAUGCUAGAGAAGCUAGUGUUCUACUCUGCCAACAUGUGCUAAAUCAUUUCAACGGCUUGGUCGAGGUUACCGAACAGGCGGCUUGGGUUCCUGUGCUUAGUAAAAUUCUGAAAGAAGAAUCCGCUGGGAGAAGUGUUUUGAAUGACUCUUCAAUCGAUUCACUGGUGAAAUUCUGCCGGGAUUUUCUACCCGAUGCAGUCUGGGGAGGCUCCAGGCCGCAUUACAGCUUAUUUCUCGACAUUCUUCAAACUGCAGUUGAUCGUCUGGCCAGUCCUGCUUGGGUGGCCGUCAUGGAUCUCGACAAAUAUGUCGCCGAUCUAACCACUGUCAAGCAUUCCAUCUUAUGCGGGAUACUCAAUUACGCUGCGAAGUUGGAUGCGAGCUUGAAGUUGCCAAAGUUGGAAAUCGAUCGGUUCGUGUUGGGAUGCCUCGAGCAACACCUUGGAAGCAGCCCAACAUUUCAUGACAUUAUCGAAGUAACUUUGACCCGCCCUCAACUAUUCAUUCAAAAAGGAACACUUAGACGCAUGUUUUACAUCGUGACCAACGAGCUUCAUGUCCAGGCGAAGCUGCUGCUACAAAGUCCUCAAUCAUCAACUCAACCCAAGCUGCACCUAGUUUUACCGAUGUGCAAUCUGCAUCUCCAGCAUUUAGAGGAACUCGUCCUUGCACAGGAGUCUUCAUUUAUUUCAACUUUGAAGCAGGCUGCUGUCGAUUUGUUCUCUGUUGAAUCCUUUUUGCCCCUGAUGGGGGAUGAAUCCGUAGAGGAGUUGGUUCACAUUGCGCAUGAAAGUUACUCACUUGCCCUUGGCCUCUAUCCGACUACUCAGCUACCAGACCUUCAUCGCGCAAUCUUUACGUUGCUUGGUGACUGCAUUACAAAUGUUCAGUGUUCAGUUCACCCUUUCGACCUGAUGGAAAGCUUGAGAGUUUUCCUCGAGCAGCCUUGUUCGCUCGAGGCUGUCGACUUCUUAUGCACAUUACCCAUCGGGAAUAUCAGCGACAACUUAAUCACACCACUGUUUUCACCUCGGAAGUUUUCACCUUUGCUUCCCAUGAUCAAUUGUCUGAUUCAGUCUUCUGCAGGCGGUGAACAUGAAGUCGAUGUUAAUCUUGCAUCCAAAUACGACAGAAUCGUGCUUGCCAUACUGGAUCUUUUUACCCGAGAUCGACAGUUAGCCCAAAAUCAUCUUUGGCUAUGGGCACAUUGCAUGUACAUUGGUGAACUAGCACGUUUUUCCAGCUCCACUUCUUCGCCCCCCGCAGCAACAAAUCGGCUUCUAUCCGAGGAUGAACUGGAAUCGAUUGUAUCAGCGGUUGAUACCAACACCACAUAUCUAGUAUCAUCCCUUUCUGCCCAUGUGUCUUCGUCGUGGCAUUCUGACAUCGUCAUGAAAAUGGAUGCGCCGGAAAAUCACCUGCCUAGUGAGACGGAUCCGCUGAAAACCCUUAUCUUGAAUCUUGCAAUCGAGUCUCGCCGGGAAGCUACCAAAGAUCUUGCGACGGUUGCACUUCACAAAGUCCUGAGUACUUUGUUCAAGUACUCAGACACAGGCCCGAAUGACUUUGAAAAAUGGUUCAAAUUCUCUCAACAGGUUCAAAGUUCUCAUAGCAAUCUUUGUUUAUCACUGAUCCGAAGUCUCAAGUCAUAUCUAUUUGCGGAGGAAAGCUUUCAGAAAUAUCAAAAUCGGUUGGCUGGCAAAUUGACCGACGUGUCCUCGAACCAGGCUAACACCGAAGGUUUACACCUCAUCCAGGUUUUGUGUGCGACUGCUCCGCCACUCGAUUCGACGCACAUCUUUUUGCCUCAACAAAGGGUAAUCUUCUUGCUACAAGCGGUCAGUGGAUGGUUGAAAAGUGACGACGAAAUAGGGCACGAGCUCAACAUUAAAUUGCUUGAGUUGUUCUCGGACCUUGCACCCAUCGUUCAGACUGUCAUGGGAGCUCAUUGGGAUCAAAUGGUGGACCUGAUCGAAAUCAACUUGGAAGAAGCCUCCUGGGAAGAUGAAGAGUCGCUUUUAUUGGUAUGGCAGUCAUGCCUAUUGAUUAAAACUCUGCAAAGUAUCAUGAGGCACAAUCAUGCUCUCAAAACCCAGAUUGGUUCUCAAGUUCAAGGAUGCCUCAAGUUGGUGCUGGAACUGUUUUGCUCAGCUCCCCUUCGAUCUUCUAUGCCUACAACAACUGCUUCACUCAUGCAUGUUAUCGAAGAUGUUUUGAGCGAUAAUGAAGCCCAGUCUUUAUACUCGGAUGUGCCUGUAUCAUCGCUUGUCAAUUCACUUUACAGCCCCUCAAUAAGGUCAAGCGUUUUGGGGUUGACAAUAGCGCAAGCAGCUGUCAAGCAUCUCGUUGACAAUCUGGCCAUUGAAAUCGAGCUGAAUUCAGAGAGCGCUGUAUCACCUGCGUUGCCUGAUAAGCUUGUGAACUCUAUCCAGGCUUUUAAAGAUGAACACCCAACUGCGACUUUGAUGAGCUGGGUGCUCAUAUUUUCUUUCUUUCGAAAUGCGUCAUCGCGCCUCCGAAACAGUUACAGUUCACAACUCCGUGAGGCCAAUCUAGUAUCUGAAAAUCUAAUCCCACUCCUUCACGAGAUUCUGGAAGUUGCUGAGCGGGGAAAACCAAUCGAUAUCUCCAUCUGGGACGUCGCUUCAUUUGAUUUUUCCCUCAUGGAAAGUACAAGGCUCAGACCCAUCCCUCUAGCUGCAUAUGUGUACUUUCUGGCGCUUCGGGCGGUCCCCUCACAAAUUCGAUCUUGGUGGGAGGAAUGUCGAAACAAACAGCUUUCAAGUACUAUUGUUAGCUUCAUCAGCAGGCAAUUUUCACCGAUUCUCAUCAGCCAAGAACUUGGCAAGUUCAAAGAACCGUCAACGCUCCAAUCACUGACCGACGAGAAUCUUGCAAUCAAAGUCAGCCCGGUGAUCAAGGAAGUCAAGGUGACUUAUACUGUCGAUGAAGAGUCUAUGGAGAUCGUUAUUAGAAUCCCCAGUGAUUAUCCACUACAGCCAGUUGAAGUGCUUGAUAUCAGAAAGGUUGGAAUUCCGGAUACUACGUGGCGUGCAUGGCUGUUGGUGGUACAACAAUCAAUUGCCAAUCAUAAUGGGUCAAUCGCGGAUGCUAUUGGGUUGUUUAAAAAGAACAUUUCUUUGCACUUUGAGGGUGUUGAAGCUUGUGCAAUUUGUUAUGCGAUCAUCUCGGUGGUGGACAGAAGUUUACCCAGUAAGGCUUGCCGGACAUGUCGCAAUCGGUUCCAUCCAAGCUGCUUAUAUAAGUGGUUUUCAACCAGUCAUGGCUCAUCUUGCCCGCUUUGUCGAUCACUUUUUUAAGAUAAAAAAAUCAAUCAACCAAUCACCAUGUAAUCUUCCUGCUUCACUAGCGUUUGACAAACAAAAUCUUCAAAACUUCAUGCUCUUUCUAUACAGAUUAAGACCACCUUUUACAACUGGGAAUAAAAUAAUGACAUAAUCAUGUAUCCCUAAUUUGAGUGUCUUGAUCAAUGUAUAACUUGGUG